UUGGAAUAUUGUACACGUUAAUAUUUCAUUGAAUUUACAGUAUAAUAUAGAAAUCCUUAACAUAAUGUCCUUUUUGCUAUAAAUACUUUCGUUCUUGCUGUGUCAACUAAAUUGUUAAAUUGUUAGCCUUUGGAAAUUCGUGAACGUAACCUUAGUUUUUAGCUUUUAGUUAUACGUGGCAUGAUUGCUCUGAUUUUUUUAUUUAGUGAUUUGUUCUGCAUCGUUCUGUACAGGGAUGGAGGGUUAUCGCUUCCUGUACAAUUUGCGCAUUUGCUGCGCUAUAGUAGAAAUUAUUGCGGCUAAUAGCAAUGCGAUGGAUAUUUCAAGUUUGUUAACGGAUCGGCGUUUGGAUAACAAUUUCCUUCGGCAACUCGGAUCGACUCCUAUCAAUCAGUGCGCAUCACUUCCACCAGGAAAGCUGUCAAAUUACGCUAACAGACCCAACAUACUCAUUUUCAUGGCUGAUGACUUGGGCCAUGCCGAUAUUGGCUACUCCGAGGGCAGCCACCAGACGCCGACUCCUAACAUUGAUAAAUUUGCGUAUGAUGGGAUCAUAUUGAAUCGACAUUAUUCACAUCCAUUGUGUACGCCAACACGUUCGGCAUUCAUGACCGGAAAAUAUGCCUUCCAAGUUGGCAUGCAGACAGGGGCAAUUAGCGAAGGCGAACCGUGGGGGUUGCCCGUGGCGUUUAAAAUCCAACCACAGUAUUUUAAGGAUUUAGGAUACUCGACGUAUACUGUGGGAAAAUGGCAUCUGGGAUCGCACACUAGGAACCAUUAUCCCAGCUCCAGAGGAUUUGAUUACUCUUUCGGUAUUACCAGCGGCGACUGCAACUGGUAUGACUUCACGGCAGGAUGGAUGAAGCCGGUUCCAGUCAGCGGACGAGCCCUGCGUGAGAAUGGAAAGAUCUUCCCGCUGAAUCAAAGCACUACCCCGUUUCCUGAGCUCAUAGCAUCCCGGGCCGAAAAUCUUAUUGCCGCGUCGCCUCCAAACAAACCAUGGUAUAUGUUUUUCGCCACGCCCCUUACACAUACAGGGUUUGACAAUUUUGAUGCCGUCCAACAUCCCGUAAAAGAAUACCAUCUGCACAUAAACGAAUCCGCCAUUCUGAAAUUCGAAGAACGUGUUAAACAACUCGGUUCGAUCCACGCUCUGGAUCGAACGUUCGCCAGACUAGUCAAAGCGUUAAAACGAAAGGGAGUACUGAACAACACCAUCAUCAUCUUCGUUGCCGACAACGGCGCACCCUUACCGGAAUCCGCUGAUUUCAUCCACGGGACCAAUCACGGAAGUAACUGGCCACUGCGGCAGGGAAAGGGGACGUUGUUCGAAGGCGGGAUUCGAACGCUGUCGUUCAUCUGGGCACCCAUGUUGCAGCGGCGGGGUUUCGUAUACGAUGACCUUUUCCAUAUAUCCGAUUGGCUGCCUACACUGUACGAAGGCGCUGGUGGAAACACAGCUGAUCUGACUGGAAUUUCUGCAGUCAGUCACUGGAAAAGGUUUCACGACUAUUAUGCCAUAGGUCCGGUCAGAGACGAGGUCGUGAAUAAUAUCGAUGGUGUUACGAAUCAGUAUUCCAUCACCAUUAUGGAGGACAACGGAAAACUGUAUAAAUUGCUGGGUGGAAAUGUCUUCAACAACAGCUAUCUAGGAUGGCGACGAACAGAAGGUACAUCCACUUCAGAUGAGAUGAAGUCUUGGACGCCGCUGUCGGUCAACUGCAACGCACCGGAAGGCGUUGAGCGUGCGCCAUGCCAGCCGUGGCUUACGGAUUGUUUAUUUGACAUUACGAGUGAACCUUGUGAAACUAACAACAUUGCCAGCGUUUAUCCAUCCACUCUGCGAAAACUACAGCUGCGCUUAAGGGCGCUUAACGACACGGCCUAUCCGCCGCAAAUCCUGCCCUACGACCCGGCCUCUAAUCCCGAUUUGUAUGACGGAUUCUGGGUGCCCUGGAAAGACAUCCAUCACGUGCUCGAUCCUACAAUAUAACUACUUAGUACUUACACAAAACGACCGAUUUUCUUACGAUUCUACGCCAGAUUUUUCGGUUUAUUACAUGCAUGCGUAUUAAUUUCCGAUUUGCAGUCACGCA